CCUGUUCGGCGCUCGGCUCGACACGAUCGACUCACUGAACGCUGCCGAGCUCUUGUGAGCGCGCCGUCAAAUCUGAAUUCAGUACGAUGAUAUCGCCGUAUGCGUGCGGACCGUUACACAGAACUGAAAAGGACGAAGACGAUGAUCAGUACUCGACUCGGUAUUCGCAAUGUUGCCUGCUAGACGGAGUACCUCGCCCGCCUGAUGUUCCCCCCAGGAACCCUACAAUGAGCCGUUUGAACGGGAGGCUAGCCUCCGCGCCUCCAGCAGACUCCGCGCAAGAUUUCGAACCCUCUUGCCUCGUAAAGACACCCUCAGGAAAUGUGUACAUACCCAGUGGAACGAUUAAUCACGCCAACAAAAAUCCGAGUAUAGACUACAAGUCCUCGAAUUCACCGUGCAGUAGUCCUUCGAAGGAUAUGAAGAACUCGGAACGAUGUGGAAGUCUGCCCUACGGAGCGCAUACGGUACCGGUGUUGCCCGUACGAAACAAUCUCCGAAGACCUAAUUCCAGUCACUUCCCUCAAGCUAGCCGGUUCCAUUUUAGGAAAGGACUGGCGUCGAAGUGUACGUGGAAAUGCACGGCGAUCGCCUUCAUAAUGCUCUCUGUCGUCUUAACGGCGGCUCUCUCUUAUAUUUCAGCAUCGAGUUUACUGAAUCUGUCAUAUCAGAACACGAAACCCUGCGAAGUACUCGUCGGGGACAACCCCCAAAUCGCCCCCGCGUCGAAAACGUCGCCCUCCUCCGAAACGAACCUCUCGAUAUCGACACGACCGAAAACUUCCAACACGGGAGGUAAAUACUCACACCCUGCACAUUCCAGAAAACGUAGAAAUAUCUUAGAUCCUCCGCAUGCUUUUGUGUUACACGAUGAUAGUACCACUUCUAUUAGUUCUAGUUCUAGGAGUUCCACCACACCUGGUUUGCAUGCUGAUAGUACUGUUACACCUUUGCAUGAUUUGAGUAGUUUGUCUACAACGCUAGGUAGCACCAGCGAUACUGCUUCCACUGGGGCUACAGACAGUACCACUUCUUCAUACACGACUAGCUCUUCUACUGAUGUUACAACUUCUUCGCCUUCUUCCGAAGAAACCUUAACAACUUCUGAAGAGCUUAGUACUACUCAAGAAUCUUCAACUUUGACUACUUCUACUUUUGGUGAAAUAUCUCCUACUACAAAGAAAGCGGUAACGUAUGUCACAGAAGAAAAUCUUUACUAUGAUCUUAUAGGUAGUUCUGAAGAAGAAAACUUGUCGGAUGCUUCUUUGUUUCAUUUAGACAAAGAAUACGACGAUUUUAUUAAAGAUGAGCCUCUGGAAAGUAUCGAAAUCAUGAAGAUGAACAAUAAACUUCUAUCUACAACACAAAAAUCUAAAGCAGGCUACAAAAUAACAAACAAUGAAGCUAAUUCGAAAGAACUAACUGAUGUAAAUUUGUCUAUUCUGCCGAUGGAUGGAAACAAAGACUUAAAACAGAUCCUUAUCAAGGAGCCCGCUGUAUUAUACAACAAUGCUACUAACAAUAAAAUUUUCAAUGAUUUUGGAACUAACCCUAAACCUGUACCUAGUGUUAAAGUUAUAGAUAUUUCCCCUGUACACAAACCCAGCAUGUUGCCCUCUAAAAAAAUUGUGGUGAACUUAACUAUAGCGACGGACGAUACUAACAGCGAGCCCUCUGUGUAUAUGCUUUCGGUGUCAGUACCAACUGAUGGCAAAGGGGAGCCAGGAGUUGAAAUUGACACUAAAGAAACCCGGCCUACAGAAACAGCAAAAUUAUCAGACAAGCCUGCUUCCGCUCACUUACCCGAUUUUGAAAACGAUGUCUCUGGUGGGGCUUGCGAAUGUUCUUGUCCAUCCUUAGAUUCUCUGGAAUUUUCAGACAACUCCACAGCGGACUAUGAUUACGACAACAUAGUCAUACAACCCCAUAAUAUUACUACCACUGAACGAUAUAGCAACACCAGCGACAGCAGUACCGAGUCAUCUACAACCGAAAAUUAUUCCAGUACCGAAAUCUCCACGACCUCGUGUCCAGAAGUCACGACCAAAUUACCCCCACCACCUACAAUUCUUAUUUUGGAAGGUGCGCGCACAUUCCCAGCUCAAUCGUUUCCACCGGACGGAACAACGUUUUCCCAAAUUUCGUUAGGGCAAAGACUGUCGAAAGAAAUCCCAGCAUAUGGUUACUGGAACAUGCAAUUUUACCAAUCGGAAGCGGCCUACGUCCAGUUUGACUACAGUAUACCAAGAGGCGCUAGCAUAGGGGUCUACGCACGAAGAAACGCCCUACCCACCCACACGCAAUACCACAUUUUGGAAGUACUGAGUGGAUUCAAGGCUAGGACAACCAGAGCAUCACAUCAGUCAACAGUCAAAAAGGAAGUAACGCAUUACAUGGAACAAGGCCACUGGUUUCUCUCUCUUUACAACGACGAUGGAGACCCACAAGAAGUGACGUUUGUCGCGGUAGUAGCAGAUGACAUGACCCACAACUGUCCGAACGGUUGUAGCGGCAAAGGAGAAUGUUUGAUGGGGCAUUGCCAAUGUAAUCCUGGAUUUGGAGGGGACGACUGCAGCGAGAGUGUAUGUCCGGUCUUGUGUAGCCAACGUGGCGAAUACAUCAACGGAGAAUGCCAGUGUAACCCUGGAUGGAAAGGCAAGGAAUGUCAACUAAGGCAUGACGAAUGCGAAGUGCCUGAUUGCAACGGUCACGGCCAUUGUGCUAACGGCAAAUGCAACUGCAUCAGGGGAUACAAAGGAAAGUUUUGCGAAGAAGCUGAUUGCCCACAUCCGACCUGUUCGUCACAUGGCUACUGCGUCGAAGGCACUUGCAUUUGUAAGAAAGGCUGGAAAGGAGCAGAUUGCUCUCAGAUGGAUAAAGAUGCUCUUCAAUGUCUUCCUGAUUGUUCUGGCCACGGAACGUUUGAUCUAGAAUCUCAAACUUGCACCUGUGAACCGAGGUGGUCUGGAGAUGAUUGUUCCAGGGAGCUCUGCGAUCUGGACUGUGGAAACCAUGGCCAUUGCGUCAACGAAGCCUGCCAAUGCGAUCUCGGCUGGUCCGGAGAAUUCUGUAACUUGAAGCAAUGCGAUCAGAGAUGCAACGACCAUGGACAGUGUAAGAACGGCACUUGCCUUUGCGUCACCGGUUGGAAUGGAAAGCACUGCACCAUCGAAGGUUGUCCAAACAGUUGCUCUGGACAUGGCCAGUGCAGAUUCAGCAGCGAAAGUAGUUGGGAGUGCAGGUGUGACAACGGAUCGGAUGGUGCGGACUGCAGUCUUUUGCUGGAGCAGAACUGUAACGAUGGAAGAGAUAAUGAUAAGGAUGGUCUUGUUGAUUGCGAAGAUCCAGAAUGCUGUAUGAACCCCGCCUGCAAAAACAGCCAACUCUGCGUCUCGUCCCCCAAACCAAUCGACAUACUCUUAAGAAAACAACCACCAGCAAUAACAGCUUCCUUCUUUGAAAGAAUGAAGUUCUUAAUAGACGAAGGAAGUCUCCAGAACUACGCCAGAGCUGAGACGUUUAACGAAAGUAUGUUCUGGAACAACUUUAAUACGAGCCGAUCUGCUGUUGUAAGAGGCCGGGUAACUACGCAAAUGGGUACAGGACUGAUGGGAGUUAGAGUUAGCACUAGCACACCACUAGAAGGCUUCACACUCACCAGAGAUGACGGUUGGUUCGAUUUGUUAGUUAACGGAGGAGGUGCUGUGACUUUACAGUUCGGAAGAUCACCAUUUAGUCCACAAAGUCGCAUUAUAUACGUUCCAUGGAACGAAGUAGUGAUAAUAGAGAACGUAGUGAUGACCACCGGAGAAGAAAGAACUAUUAGUAUUAUUCCACAACCCUGUAGUUCUCACGACUAUGACACCAUGAAACCUGUCGUACUAGCCACCUGGAAGCAUGGUUUUCAAGGUGCCUGUCCAGACAAGAGUGCCAUUUUAGCCGAAUCUCAAGUUGUUCAAGAAAGCCUUCGUAUUCCCGGCACUGGAUUGAAUCUAGUCUACCAAAGCUCGAGAGCAGCUGGUUACUUGUCAACCAUACAGCUCCAACUAACACCAGAAGUCAUUCCGUCUGAUCUAAAGCUCAUUCACCUGAGAAUAACUAUCGAAGGUAUUCUGUUCGAGAAAGUUUUUGAAGCAGAUCCCGUCAUUAAGUUUACGUAUGCCUGGAAUAGGCUCAACGUUUACAGACAGAGAGUGUAUGGAGUCACUAACGCCAUCGUUAAAGUGGGAUACGAGUAUGUUAAUUGCAAGGACGUUAUUUGGGACGUACAAACCACCAAACUGAGCGGUCAUGACAUGAGCAUUUCGGAAGUAGGUGGCUGGAACUUGGAUAUACACCAUCGGUACAAUUUCCAUGAAGGUAUUCUCCAAAAGGGCGACGGUUCCAACAUAUACCUCAAGCAUAAACCUCGGGUUAUCCUAACAGCAAUGGGAGAUGGACAUCAAAGGCCGCUAGAGUGCACUGAUUGCGAAGGUCAGGCUUCCAAACAAAGGCUUCUCGCACCAGUGGCUUUAGCAAGUGCUCCUGAUGGUUCUCUGUUCAUCGGCGAUUUUAAUCUAGUCAGAAAGAUCCAAACAGAUGGAAUCGUUAGGACCAUCGUAAGGUUAAAUGCCACCAGAGUCUCGUACCGGUACCACAUGUCUUUGAGUCCUCUAGAUGGAACCCUGUACAUCUCAGAUCCCGAGUCUCACCAAAUUAUCAAAGUUCGAAGUACCGAUGACUAUUCAGAUCCUGACCAUAACUGGGAAACAGUCGUGGGAUCAGGAGAACGAUGUCUUCCAGGCGACGAGGCUCACUGCGGCGACGGUGCUUUAGCAAGAGAUGCCAAAUUAGCUUAUCCAAAGGGAGUAGCUGUUUCUAACGACAACGUCUUGUAUUUUGCUGAUGGUACCAAUAUCAGAAUGGUGGACAGAGAUGGAAUAGUGACGACAGUUAUAGGCAAUCAUAUGCAUAAAUCGCAUUGGAAGCCUUUGCCGUGUGAAGGAACGCUCAAUCUUGAGGAAGUUCAUCUUAGGUGGCCUACAGAACUAGCUAUCAAUCCUUUAGAUAAUACGUUACACAUAAUAGAUGACCAUAUGAUCCUACAACUUACUUUAGAUGGAAGAGUAAAGGUUAUUGCUGGACGGCCUUUACAUUGUGCCUCGCCUGUCACUGGUUACGACAUUGAGUUGGCUACACACGCAACCUUAGUGAUGCCCCAAAGUAUCGCUUUUAGUUCUUCUGGUGAUCUAUACGUCGCCGAAAGUGACUCCCAAAGAAUCAACAGAGUUAGAGUAAUAGGCACAGAUGGCAAGAUUUCGCCUUAUGCAGGAGCAGAAUCCAAAUGUAAUUGCCUUGAAAGAGGUUGCGACUGUUUCGAAGCCGAUCACUUCUUGGCUUCCAAUGCUAAGUUCAACACUAUCUCAUCAGUAACAGUUACACCAGACAGUCAUGUACACAUUGGCGACCAGGCCAACUACAGAAUAAGAUCAGUAAUGGCGAGCAUACCUGACGCUAGCACCACUAGAGAAUAUGAAAUUUAUUCGCCAGAAACUCAAGAAAUCUACAUCUUCAACAGAUUCGGCCAGCACAUUGCGACCAAGAAUAUUUUAACAGGCGAGUCUAGUUACGUCUUCACUUAUAAUGUUAACACCAGCAAUGGAAAGCUUAGUACAGUAACAGAUGCUGCUGGAAAUAAAGUAUUCCUAUUGAGAGACUAUUCCAGUCAAGUCAAUUCGAUAGAAAAUACUAAAGGGCAAAAAUGUAGAUUGAGGAUGUCCAGAAUGAGAAUGCUUUACGAACUAAGCACUCCAGAUAACUAUAAUGUCACUUUUGACUACCAUAGUCCUACUGGUUUGUUAAAAACAAAGCUUGACAGCAGUGGUAGAAGCUAUGUCUACAACUACGACGAAUUUGGUCGAUUAGUAUCAGCAGUAACGCCAACUGGCAAGAUAAUCAGCCUAUCAUUUGAUCUAAGUCUCAAAGGAGCCACAGUUAAAGUCAGCCAAAACAACAGACCACCUGUAUCUAUGCUUAUUAAAGGCUCUAGCGUCUCUACCAAAGUAGAUGAAGUAGAAAAUAGAAUAAUUUUACUUCCAGAUGGUAGCGUAAGUAGUGAAUCAUCGUGGUCCCAUAGUAUAACUACAGAUACGGUACCUUACAACAUUCUUGCUGAUAAAGACCCAAUACUAGGUGAAAGCUACCCAGUACCAGCAAAGCAAAGAAUAGAAAUUGGCGGAGAUCUAGCUAAUAGGUUCGAAUGGAGGUAUUUUGUACGGCCUAAUGCGAACUCCAAGAGCAGCAAGAACAUUUCGCCUAGAAUUUUGACGAAAGUUGGCAAGAAACUCCGAGUCAAUGGAGAAAAUCUCCUUACUAUGGAAUACGAUAGAGAAACUGCUUCAGUUUCGGUCUUCAUGGAUGAUAAAGUGGAGUUGCUGAAUGUUACGUAUGAUCGCUCAGCCAGGCCUGUCAAACUCGGUCCACGGAACGGUAUAUUUGCAGAAGUCGAGCUUGAAUAUGACAGAUUCAGUCGAUUGACCAGCUGGAAGUGGGGAGAUCUGAGUGAAAACUAUGGAUUUGAUAGAGCUGGUCGACUUAACGAGAUCAAAUAUGGUGAUGGGUCUUCCCUGGUGUACGCUUUCAAAGACAUGUUCAGCAGUCUGCCUUUAAAAGUCAGCACACCUAGAGGAUCCGACUAUUUACUCCAAUACGACGAUUCUGGCGCUCUCCAAUCAUUAACAACUCCAAGAGGUCACAUCCACACGUUCUCUCUUCAAACAUCGCUCGGUUUCUUCAAGUACCAGUACUUCUCUCCAAUGAACAGGCAUCCAUAUGAAAUAAUAUACAACGACAACGGACAAAUAUUGGCUAAGAUAUUCCCUCACCAAUCAGGAAGAGUUUCUUACGUUUAUGACGAUGCAGGAAGGCUAGAAACAACUUUAGCUGGUAUGAGCUCCACUCAUUACGUUUACCAUGAGUUAUUGGACCUGGUGAAGAGUGUCGAAAUCGUAGAACCCAAUUUUGAGCUGAAACAAGAGUUUAAGUACCAUGCUGGAAUUUUGAAAGACGAGAAAGUUAAAUUUAACAGCAAGAGUGGUCUAGACAAUGCACAUUACAAGUACCAGUACGAUGGUAAUGCUAGAUUAUCUACUAUCGACGUUGAUAUCAACGGCAAAGAACUACCGCAACUGAGAUUGAAGUAUAAUCAAAACCUUGGAAUAUUGGAAAGCAUAAGUGACCUGCGAGUAUACAGAAAUACUUUUAACAGAUCAGUGAUGCAAGACACCACCAAACAGUUCUUCACAAUAACAGACUUUGAUGAUCACGGUAGAGUUAAAACAAUUUUGAUAAAUAUAAAAUCUUUCGAUGUUUAUAGGCUAGAAGUAGAGUAUGAUACAAGGAAUAGAAUAAAAAUGCAAAAAUUGAUGGUGGGACGAUCGCAGUUCAUGGACAGGUUCUCCUACAACUCAGAUGGUCACGUGCUCGAGGUCAUUGGUACCAGCAACUGGAAGUACGUCUACGAUGAAAACGGCAACAUUAUAGGAGUCAUAAAAGAGAAAGAGAAAAUUUCUUUGGGAUAUGACAGUGGUGACAGAGUUGUUCAAUACGGUGAUGUAGAGUUCUACAGCUAUGACACCAGAGGCUUUGUUGUGAGAAGAGGAGAGCAGAAAUAUCGGUACAAUUCCAAAGGACAACUAAUUCACGUAUUCGAACGAGACAAAUUCCAAAUUUGGUACUACUAUGAUGAUAGGGGUAGACUGAUCUCUUGGAAUGACGAUAAAGGCAACGUUACGCAGUACUUAUACACAAACCCAAGCACUCCAGACCUUUUAUCACACGUUCACUUCCCCAAAAGUGGCAGAACCUUUAGAUUUUUAUACGACUCCAGAAACGUCAUUAUCACAGUAGAAACUUCAGAACAAAGAUUCUACGUAGCGUCCGAUCAAAACGGCUCACCCAUAGCCUUGUUCGACAUUAACGGAAAUCUGAUAAAAGAAGUAAGAAGGACGCCGUUUGGAAAUAUCAUUCUAGAUACAAAUCCAGACUUCUAUCUCCCAGUGGACUUCCACGGAGGUAUCCUAGACCCCAACACAAAACUCAUAUUCAUCAGUAAAAGACUGUACGACCCAGUGGUCGGCCAAUGGAUGACUCCAGACUGGGAACGACUAGCAAUAAAACUAUCGAUACCGACAGAUGUGUUCAUAUACCGGUUCCACAAUAACGAUCCCAUCAACUCGAAAAUGUCGCUGGACUACAUGACGAGCUUCAACAGUUGGUUGAAGUUGUAUGGGUACGACAUUGAGAAGAUGCUCGGGUCGAGGUACGUCAAUCAGCUGAUCUAUCGACCGAAGGCUGUUGUUACCGCUCCGCAACUUGCUCCAGACUUUGGAAUAAUGUCUGGACUUCAGUGUAUAGUAGAUAAGAUAAAUGAAAAAUUCAUGGAUCUCAGCUUCGUUCCUAAACCGCUCUUGAAGAUGGAGCCAAAAACGAAGAACCUUCUUCCCCGUGUAGCCUACAGAAAAUCCGUCUUCGGGGAAGGCGUCCUAAUAUCCCGCUUAGGAAGUAGAGCCUUAGUUAGUGUAGUAGAAGGCGUAAAUGGUGUAGUUCAAGACGUAGUUACAUCGGUGUUUAACAAUUCUUUCUUCUUAAACCUACAAUUUAGUAUCCACGAUCAAGACGUCUUCUACUUCGUCAAAGACAAUGUACUUAAAAUACGCGAUGAUCUAGAAGAACUUCGUAGAUUAGGUGGAAUGUUCAAUGUAUCGACCCAUGAGAUAACCGAUCAUGGUUCGACGACCCCUAUCAAAGAAUUGCGAUUGCACAAUCCAGAUGCAGUAGUUAUUAUUAAAUAUGGAGCUGAUCCCGACGUGGAAACGCACAAGAUUCUCAGACAUGCGCACAAACGAGCCGUCGAGCGGGCUUGGGAGAUCGAAAAGCAACUCGUGGCUGCCGGUUUCCAAGGACGAGGCGACUGGACCGAGGAAGAAAAAGAAGAACUGAUCUCUCACGGUGACGUCGACGGCUACGAGGGUGUUGACAUACACAGUAUACACAAAUAUCCUCAGUUAGCCGACGAUCCUGGAAACGUCGCUUUCCAGAGAGACACUAAACGCAAACGAAGAAAGAGUGGCGUCCGGAGAAGUAGGAUACAUAGACACAACUCGUGAUUAAAAAAUAAAAAUGGUGAUAUUAAUUAAUAGUGUGGUAUCAAAUCUCUUUUACUUGAAAACCUUCAGCUGGAUUUGUUAAAAUAAUAUUUUUAUACGGAAUAAAAUAAAUGUGGCUUACGGUCUAAAGUAAGUCGACAUAGUUCUGUCAAUACUACAGUGUGUACAAAAAGUUGUGCGCGCUUAAAGUAUGGAAGCAUAAAAAUAUCUGUGACACCCCGUAUGAUAUAAUAACAAAUUUUUGGCUAUUAGAUGGACCACCGAUUUAAAAUUUUAUAUUUUCGACGUUGCCAAAUGUACCGUUUCUGAGAUAUACGGAUAAUAUGCGUAUUUUUAAAAUAUAUCGUAAGAGUCAUUUAAAAAUACGUAUAUUAUCCGUAUAUUUCAGAAACUGUAUAUUUGGCAAACGACAAAAAUAUUAAAUUUUAAAAUCGUUGAUCCAACUAAUAUACAUAACCAAUAUUUUGUUACUAUAUCAUACGGGGUGGCAUAGAUAACUUAAUGUUUCCAUAUUUAUACGCGCGCACAUUGUAUCUGUAUAUUUCAAAUAUUAUUGUACACCCUGUAGUUCGACUUCUUCUUAAAAUUGGAACCUACAUAACAAUCUAAUUGUUACUAACCCGCAGGAUAAAAAUAUAAAAGAAAAUCCAGCUGGAGUGACAGGAUUUAACACCGUACUAUGUAUAAAUGACAUCAUAGAUAUUUUUGUGUGCCAUACUCCGUGACAUCAAAUCAAAUCCUAGUCGUUUCCUUACAGUCAGCGUUAUUUAAACAGUACAGAGACAAUAUUUUUUAAGUAAAAAAAAUCAUGGUGUAUUUUGAUAAAAAAAAUUGUGAACAUAGAGCCAUGAACCUGUCCAAUGAAAAUUUGUAACUGUGUUGUGUAAAAGCAAUCAAAAGGCCUAUAUGUUAACGAAGGGAUGAGUUUCCAACAGGGUAGCCAUGUUACUCUAAAGGAUAUACUAUUUAAAAUAUUCUUGCACUGGUACAAAAAAUAGACAAACAGAAGGAGUUUUCGUCAAGACGUUUUAGAAUCAUUUUCAAAUAUUAUAACUAAAUUAUUUCCUUAAAAUAAACAGAACUAUAGAUCGUUGUACCCCAAUUCUUUCACUGCUCCAUAUUUUCUCUUCUAGCUCUCAACUAGUACUUCUAACUUAUUUUUUGAAACCUUGCUACACUUUAUUUUUAAAUAACUCCAUAAAAAAAUAUAGAGGUGCCAAAUCCGGGGAUCUUGCUGGCCAUUCGAUAACUCCUUUACUUCUAAUCAGAAGAUUUGAAAAUGUAUUGUCGAGAAACUCACGAACGCCUGAAAGAUAAUAAGGAGGUGCUCCAUGUUGUUGAAACCAAAUUGAUCUAUUCACGAGAUGAGGAUUUAUAUCAUCAGGAAAGAUCAAAUGAUUUCACUACUCCGUGGUUUAUUUUCUAGUUCUCGACCAGUAUUUCACACAUUUUCUACAAAUUUGGGUGAGAUUCUACACUUUUAUCUUUCUUACCAUCAUUCUACAUAAAAAAUGUUGAAACUAUUCUACAGUUUUUGCACUGCCUUUAUCAAUAUAUUGCUUCACAACCCUUUACUUAUUUGGUUCUUCUCAGCCAGUACAGUGUUCCAAAACCUGUUUUAACUAACUAUAUUUGAAAUAUGUAUACUCAGAAUUGAUCAAGAGAUCAAAAGAUGUUCCGAAUUAAUUUCAGGUGAAUGUCUUAGAGUAGGUCAAAUUUCACUAAUGGUUUUGUUAGCCCGGCCGCACAUCAAAGAAACAUGAAACGUAAAUUACGUUUCAUGGAAAUAAACCACUGCUAAACAAAUAUAUAUCCGGCCAUUUAUGAGACUCUCCGAAAAUAAAAAUGUGUCAUGAGCAUGAAUCACACUCGUUUCAUUAGUAGGCGGACUUUGAGAUUUUUUUAGCAGUGUUUUCUUUUCAUGAAACAUGUUUUUCGUUUCAUGUUUCAUGUUUUUCGUUUCAUGUUUCUUUGGUGUGCGGCUUGGCUUAGAGUAACAUCUUCCUAGCCUAAUUUAUCUUCCUCUAGAACAAGCUGUCGAAAAAUUAUAUUUUUGUUUCUAAUUUCUACACUAGUUUUUGAGAGGGGGGUUUUAUUAGUCACGUUUCUUUCAAUAUGGCAGUUAAUUCCCACGGUUCAUGUCUAAUAACCGAGGUUAAUUCCAGCUUAUCUAGCAUAUGUCAGUUGUCCACUGUUUUGUCAUUUGUCAUUUGAAUAGUGACGCUUUCAGUUUAUGGCUCCUUAUGUCCUUAUUUACUUUUAUGUAUGGUACAUAAAAGGAUUACUUAAAUUUAGGUAUGAAGCAAAUUUAGCACAGAUUUUGAAAAGCCUGUUUCAAGAAUUUUGGAAAGAUAAAUUUCUAAGUUUUAAGUGUGUGUUCCAAAGCGUCCACUGUUCUCCAUUGGCGUGGAGAUUUUAUUAGUCAUACACCUUUCAAUAGGAAGUUAAUUCCAGCUGACGUGACAUCUGCCGUUUGUCAUUUAUUCUGUAAGUCAAUAAUUCUGUAACUUUUGUGGUUUAUCCGUCAAUAGGGCUUUUCAUUCACAGUCAUUUGUUUCGAGCUUCUGUCAUAUGUUGUAUAAUCCGUGUAUAUUAAUAGUAUAUAUGGAUUAUACGACAUUUGACAGUAGCUCGAAACAAAUGACAAUCGAUGAAAAGCCCUAUAGAACAGUCUACAUCAAAUAUCAUUUGACAAUGGGGCUUUUCAGCGAUUGUCAUUUGUUUCGAGCUUCUGUCAUAUGUUGUAUAAUCUGUGUAUAAUAUUAAUAUAAGUGUAUAUAAGCCUUAAAGUGUUAACCUGCUAAGUCCACAUUUUAGGUAAAAUGAGUUUUUAAUAUCUUCAUAAUAGUAUUAAUUUAGUCUAUCUAUUAGUUAAACAGUCAAGUUACAUUUUUUAUCUAAAACCUAAAAUAUUGUAUUAUAUACCAGCUAACUCCGAUUGCUUUGAUUUUUCCGCGUAAACGCAGCUAAGUCCUUGACAGCCAUGCAUUUAUAUAGUAAAACUUGACCUGACAAGUACACGCUGCGAAAUCGUUUUUUGUCUCUCCUGUAAAAUUGGGUAAAACGGAGUUAGCAGGUUAACACUUUCGGGCGACGAUAUACGGAUUAUACGACAUAUGACAGAAGCUCGAAACAAAUGACAAUCGUUGAAAAGCUCUAUUGUUUAUUUGUCUAUGUACAUAUACAUUUUUCAAAUACGUCCAAAAUGAUUUAAAAUAUGUUGAAAUAAUCAAACUUAAUAUUUUCAAAAUAAUUUUUGAUAUUACCCCCAUAAAGGGAAAAUUUUAGUGGCCGAUAAAAUAUAAUUUUGUUUUUAAUUUCUGUAGAUUUGCAGGUUUUCGUGGUAAUGCUUGGUUAGCAACGGAAGUAAUUCCAGCUGACGUGGUACCUGUCACUAUUGUUUUAUGUCAUUCAUAGGGCAAUUACAUAAGUCAAAUGUCAUCUGUCACGGUAUUGAACUGUCUGUGAGGGUGUGAGGUCCAUCCACGGGCAGAUGUUUAUGGGUCAGGACUUUAAAUAUGUAUGUUCAAAAGAUGUUUCAAACUGAUUUCAGGCAUAUAUAUGUAUACGUAUAAGAUCGAAAAAGUAUCAGUUUUUUUAUUACUUCGCAGAACUUUCAUGGUUCUAAUUUAGUUUUUAGAAGAUAAUAUUUAGAAAAUGUAUUUUUAAAUAAGUUUUGGUGAAAUAUUUUUAAAAAUUGUACUUCAACCUACGUUCACAAAAAACUUCGGCAACUCUAAAAGUUUUUAACGAUAUUCAACAUGAAAAUAAACUCCAAGAAUCAGCUCCUUUUGAGUUUCUAUCUAUUGUGCCAGAGCAAUAUAAAGACUCUGAAAAUAGUUUAAUAGAAUACGGUAAUAAAAAUGACCUGUAAAUAUAUCAGAAGCUUUUUAUAUGAAAACUAAUAGUGAAUUGCUAUGAUGAGUAUUUGAUUAGAUUUUUAUGCUGCAAAUUCUUAUGAGUGUUUCCAGUAAACAUUGUAGGCCAGUCCGUAAACUUAUUCAACUGUAAAAUAUUUUAUAUUGUAAUGUUGAAUGGGUUGCAUAUGCGAGUUCAUUGUGAGUGAAAUAAAAAAUAGACGUACUCGCAAUCUUUUAUUUUUACCGACGACCAGUUUCGCUCUCUAACAUUUGCAGAGCAUCUUCAGGUCAAUGGUUACAAGUAAACUAAAUGCUACAAAUAAAAAACAGAGUUAGAAUGUUGUCUGGUAUCAAAGACUAUAUGAUCCAGCUAAUAUUAAAAUAUAAAUAACAACACACACAUACAGUUGAGUCCGCGAAUCUUUACCGUCAUCAUUUAGAGCAUACGAAAUAAGUCGAUGAUAAGUCGGAAAUUGACAUUUACUAAACGCAACAGCGAGUCACUUACUGUCACUUACUGUUGCGUUUAGUAAAUUUCAAUUUCCGACUUAUCAUCGACUUAUUUCGUAUGCUUUACAUGAUGACGCACGGAUAAAGAUUCGCGGAUUCAACUGUAUGCAUGCACAUAUAUACAAGUAUACAAUCAUAUAUCCACACACACACACACACACAUGUGCCCAUAUGUAGUUGUAUAUUAUUAUGCAAUGUGUUGUACUUACAUGCCGAUGCAAGGAAUGUUUUCUAAAGUCUUCACUAUCAUAUAAAAAAAAUAAAAUAUGAUAGUGAAGACUUUAGAAAACAUUCCUUGCAUCGGCAUGUAAGUACAACACAUUGCAUAAUAAUAUACAGCUACAUAUCGGCACAUGUGUGUGUGUGUGUGUGUGUGGAUAUAUGAGUGUAUAUGUGCAUGCGUAUGUGUGUGUAUGUGGUUCAAUCUAAUGAUCAUGUAGUCUUUGAUAACCACCAGGCAACAUUUUAACUCUGGUUUUUAUUAGUAGCAUUUAGUUUACUUGACCGUUGACCUGAAGAUGCUCUGAAAAUUUUAGAGAGCGAAACCAGUCGUCAGAGUAAAAAUAAAUGAUUGUGAGUACGUCUAUUUUUUAUUUCAUUCGUUUUAUAUUGUAUUAUAUUAAUAUGUCUAAUUUUUUACAAAGGAUUUUAAAGGUAUCUAAAAUAUAAUUUUUAGUUUAUAUACGAUGUAAAAUUGUUUUAAAAUAUUAUUUAAAUUUACAGGUUUUAUUAUGCUCUCCCACAAUUUUCUUCUUCUCUAUUGUCUUACGUCCUUUUACCUUCUGGUAUACAGCCCGUUUGCUUCAUUUUGAAGAAAUUGCUGAUAUCUAUAUAUACAACAGAAACGUCUUCAUAAUCGCUAUACAAUAAUAAUCUUGCUAUUUAUAAGUGACUGUGUUUAUAAUUCGUGCCAGUAUCUCAUAUCUAAUUUGUACAGUAUCUUACUAUCUUUUAUUACUCUGAAGGGCGGGAAAUUUGUAUCAGUUAUACAAUUCUUUUAUCUCAAUGACAGAUUUUGGAGGUUAGUAUAAGUUAUUAGAUGAAAGUAAAAGGGUAAUUGUUAUUAAUCUUCUUCUUCUUCUUUUGGCUUCAUAAUCCCGGACGGAUGGGUUUUUGCCUGUCUAGCUAUGUCUUCCCAUUUAGAGCUCUCUUGUGACUUCUUCCCAAUUGUCGUGUAUUAUAUUCAUAAUUGUCAGGUCGUCUUCCAUGUCAUCCAACAACCUCGUUGUGGUCCUUCCUUUUUUUCGUCUUCCUAUCGGCUCCCAUUAUAAUAUUUUCUUUACUGUUUUUGUAUCUUAUUACCUCUGAACAUAUCUUAAUGAUCGUUAAUGAUCUAUUUAUAAUUAAAUGUACUAUCUGUAUGGUCCAAUUUCAAAAACUUUCGACAUCUUAAAGGCCCGUCGGUGGAGUUUCCUGCUCUUUCUGCACGCGGUUUUUUCUGUGGGCGUACAUACAAUUCUUCUUAGUGGGACAGGCGGCUUCUAGUCGCACGAGAUUGAGCAAUAACAGGUGUGUGAUGUUCUGGACCCGUUGAAUCUCCUUCGUUCUAGGGAUUGAGGCUUACAAUUGUUCCCCAUGAACGAAGAAUUCGUGCAGUAAGCACGAGUCAUAACCUCGCGUUGAUUAUGUUACUGCCUUUUGUACACACCGUCCGUCAGUACUACCAAUCGAACCAUUUUUCAAGUCAGCUUCUUAUCACAAGAUUGAAAUAAAUAGCUCGCCUAACAUAAGGAUUCUUAAUUUUUUUUUACCUGAAGUAAACUAUUGUAUAUAAUUUAAAGGCGUUUUUUCACGAUGAUAAAUUAAAUUCAUUAUCAAGAUUGCUCUAAUAAUUUAUUAAUAUUGUAUGUGUUCUCGAAACCAGAAGUAGCAACUUCCAUUUUUAUAAUUGGUUUGUUUUAUUCUAUUAAAGUCUAUUGUUGAGUAUACUGUAAUUUGUAAAAAUAGCCAUGUUUUAAGCCAAAUUGUACUUACUAACGUUUACCGUCUGGCCUAUCAUUGAAUAUGUAGCAUUCGACUGAUAUAUUAUCCAUUCACAAUGAUUAUAGGUACAUAUAUGAAGCAUAGUCCAUAGAUGUAUAUAUUAUUUAUGUUUUUUUAUGUUUUUCAAUUCUAUUGGUGCUUAUCUCCACAACCCUCGAAACUUAGAUUUUCUGCCCUUCAAUACUCCGUAAUAAUGGGCAAAAUUAUCAUUAGAAUAGCGUACUCGGGUAUUUUCAAGAUAGUUUCAUUCACACAUUUAAAGAACUAACGAAAUUUGCAUUUUACUAAUAUUUAUACAUAUUCACUUUUAAAAUAUAUUUGGGCUAUUUUUUGUUGCGACGACGCUGCAAAAUUACAACAAAAAACCUCUGAUGAAUGAACAUAACCUAACAUAACCUAAAUUCUAAUACAGAAUACAAACUGCAUAGAAGAAUAAUGAGGAAUUUUGGUGUUGUAGUAUGUUGAAAUAUUUUUUAUAAUUAACAAAGCCUAAAAGACUGGAUAAGACUGAAGAAAAUAUGAUGAUAAAACAGAAUGAGCAAGACAAAUACGAACUAUAUGAAAAUUUAUUCAACGUACAAAGACUUGACAACACAUAAAUUGGACACAUUUAAAUCCCCAGAGAGCCACCGAGGCAUUGGUGUGCAUUUAGAUCGUCUGGAGACCCAAUUUAACAAAUUGGCAUUGAAGAUCUCAUCAGCACGGAACAAAAUAAAACUAGCCAACAAAGAACUAAAUAAAAUAGUUGUUGCAGACUGUUGACUUCACUUGAGAUAUUGUUUCACAGGGAAAUAUUAAUCCGAUGGUGACAGAAUACAAAAAACAAUUAGAGAGGAAUAGAAAGUGAAAGUAAUGACGCAAAAUCAUGUAAACGAAAUAUUGAAAUGUUAAAGCUGGUACAGGAAAAAUUUAAGGAAAAUGUGUUAAACACUCUUGUGUCAUUUGUCAUUUGUCAACUGUCACUGCUUUGCGUAACAUGGUAGCCAACUGCGAAAAAUCGUAAAAUUGUGAAUCAUGUAUUCACAUUCAUGUAUUCACAUUCAUGAGCACAUUAUUACCAAGUCCUUAAGAGUCCAAGCGUUGGACUCUUAAGUCCAAUUCAAACCUCAAGAACAUAUUGUAUGAUACGGAUAAAGGUGAAUAUAUAUGAGUAAAUAGUUUUGAUAUUAUGUUGCUUCAUUUACAGUCGAAAUUUAAUUUUUCCAGUUGAUACAGAAAUUCUACACUGUAAAUAAAAAACCGUAGCACUCUUUUUUGUAACCGUGAAUGAAACUAUCGUGACUAUACAAAGUUAAUUGCCUAAAUAGAAUAUUUUCUCAUCAGGAAUGAAGACGUACUAGUUUGCCAUAGCUCUAAAAUACUCAGUGGUUAGUAGGUACAGCUGUUGUAAUGAUAAAUGACCUCUUUUUCUAAAAUUUUGUACUCUACGUCAUAAUACUCUGGUUAGUUUGUACGUUUUAUUUAUUUGGAACGAAAGAUGGACGUUCUUUGAAAUUGAAUAGGUAGGUAAAUGGGCUAUUUAAAGCCGAUAUGUGGAACAGUGAUAUUUUUUCUAAUGUGACUAAAAAUGAAAGCAAUACUUUGUAUCUCAAAUGUCUUAAUUAUUAUUAAAUUAUUCAAAUAUGUGCAAUUGUUGUGUGGCUGUCCGACACAUCUGACGGCCUGCACUAGUAAUAUGCAUUGAAAAUACUGAUGACCAUAUUCGUAAAAUAUUGAUACUGAUAUUUUAUGUAUGUAUAUAUAAAUUUAUUGUGUAUAUUGUUUUUAUAUGUAAAUAUAUUAUGUUUUAUUCAGUAAUAUAAUCGUUUAUUAAAAACAGAAGUAUUUAAUGA